AUGGAAAUAGUUGGAGGUGGGGAUGAGGAGGAGAUUUCUGAUGAUGGAUCCGAUGUGGAGACAGAGUCAAAGGAGUUGGGAGGUGGGAGAGUAGGAUUGGGCGACAUGGGCUUUGAUGAUGAUGAUGAGGAGGAGGAGGAGGAUGUUCAACCUUUGGAGGCCAAGGAGCGGAGCUCCAGUGGUAGACGGGUGGCACUCCAGUGGAGGUCGGGCGAAGCUCUGAUGGGCAGAUGGAGGCCGGCAGCGGCGCUGGGUGGCAAGGAGGCUAGCGGCGAUAGUGGGCUGGGCAGUGGGGGCUGCAGGCAGUGGCCUGGCGGCGCGGGAGCUGUGGCGGACGGCGCAGCGCCUGAGCGCAGUGGCGGGGCCAGGAAGCAGCAGCCGCAGGGAGACCGGUGGCCACAGGGAGCGAAGCGAUGGUCGAGCGCCGGCGGGAGCCAGGGAGUCUACAGAGAGCCGCAGGCAGGGCUGUCGCGGGCCGGUGGCCGACAAGGGCCGUAG